CUCCAAUUCAGGAAGAAGAAGAAGAAAGCAAAUUAUCACAAGAAAAAUUAUUAUUUGAUAUUAUAAUAGACCAGGAAAAAAGGAAGGUGUUCUGUUCUGUUCUGUCUUUCAUACCGCAGCAUGUCUCUGCCUUGACUCCCUCUUUACCAUUACAGACUUUCCCCUUCUUCUUCUUCUUCCUCCUCCUCUCUUUCACUCUUUCCACUCUCAAACCCAUUCUCUCUCCGCCGCCUUCUGCCAGGAAAAGACCAUCGAAGCGAGAUAAGGCAUGUCGUCGUCGGACGAGGAGGGAGGCGAGGAGUACCUAUUCAAGAUCGUCAUAAUCGGCGACUCUGCCGUCGGCAAGUCCAACCUCCUGUCCCGCUACGCCCGGAACGAGUUCAACCUCCACUCCAAGGCCACCAUCGGCGUGGAGUUCCAGACCCAGAGCAUGGAAAUCGACGGCAAGGAGGUCAAGGCCCAGAUUUGGGACACCGCCGGCCAGGAGAGGUUCCGCGCCGUCACCUCUGCUUACUACAGGGGCGCCGUCGGCGCGCUCGUCGUCUACGACAUCAGCCGCAAGACCACCUUCGAGAGCGUCGGACGCUGGCUGGACGAGCUCAAAAUGCAUUCUGAUACCACGGUAGCCAAAAUGCUUGUGGGCAAUAAAUGUGACUUGGACAACAUUAGAGAUGUGAGCAUUGAAGAUGGCAAGACCCUCGCAGAAGAAGAAGGCCUAUUCUUCAUGGAGACAUCUGCACUCGAUUCGACCAACGUUAAAAAGGCCUUCGAGAUCGUGAUCCGAGAGAUCUACAACAAUGUGAGCAGAAAGGUCCUUAACUCAGAUGCAUACAAGGCUGAAUUGUCCUUAAACAGGGUCACCAUAUCCAACGAUGGAAACGACGGAUCAAAGAAAUCUGGUGGCUUUGCAUCCUGCUGUUCCAGGUGACCACCUUCUUCCUCGUCCGAUUACUUCUCUGGACAUCAAGAAGUGUAGAAUCUUCAGGCUGCCCUUGUUAGUUCGACCCUUGGUCUGUUGAUUCAAUUUGGGUCCAAUGUUUUGGUCAGUUUGUUUCUGCUGUUGCUUAGUUUAAAGAACAGACACUUUGUUUCAGUUUGCAACCAAAUCAAGUGGAAUAUCGUAUAGAUGAAAAUACGAUUAUUGGUUCGGAAGAUAUGCAGAUGUCAAUCAGUUGGCAACUAAAUGUUGCACCAUCCAACCACAAAAACAAAUGUCAAUCUCCACUUCCAGAACAUAGGCACCAAAUACAGAGAGUCUUAGGAAAACGAAAACGACAACAUUAUUUUGUGUCCACUUCAGUAAGCCAGCAUCCAUCAAGCAGCAGUUGCAUCGCUGCCACCUAGUGAAAACAACAACAGCAGCAGCAACGAAAACAACAACAAAGAGGGAUCAGGAACCUCGUCAAAGACAAUCUCAUAGGCACCAAAUACAGAGAGAAGAAAAGGAUGACACCAUUUUGCAUUCUUCUGAAAUGGUUUUGUAUCAUGUUCGGUAAAAAAAAAUUGUUGUACAC